AUGGCCGUCGUCUCUGACGGGAAGGGCGCAGCUGAAGUUGUGGUGUUGGCCCCUCCGUCAGAGUUGCUGGAGUCCUGCCUUACUGAUUACGACUGGCUUAGUCGUUGGAACCGGCUCCGCGUCUACCACCCGCCCGGGGAAUCCAAACAGCAAGCGAAGGCCUCUGCUCGCAUCGAGCGCUUGCUUGCCCGGGCCAUGAAGAACCAUCUGCACGACGAGGAUCCAUCAGCCGCCAAUGCGGCCUUGAAGAAAGCAUUCGGCAGGAAGCUGAUGGAAUGGCUGGAGACUGAGAAUGCCGGAGACACCGAGGUUGACUGGAGCAAGAAGCUGGAGAUCACUGAUGUGAGGCCGCUAGAUGCAGAUGAACAAGAACAAGUCCGGGAUCAAGUUCCAGCGAAGUGGCUUCCGAAAAUUGAGGAUUCGAUGCCUUUCGUGAAUUGCAUUGAGAUCGAGGGCCAGGCCGUUCGCGAAAGAACCGAAGGCUUCUGGCGACGCCCUGGGUUGUCCAAACGUCUUGGUAUUGCGGGUAUUGCGACUGCAAGUGGCCUGGCGAUUACUGGGUUCCUACUAUACCGUUUUGGUCCUCGGGGUGGUAGUCUGUUAGCACCGAGAAUAGCAACCAACAGUUCCUCUCCAACGGACACCCCAGGCAACACGACUACGAACACCAGCUCUACGUUGUUCACGACACAAUUCCCACCCAAGACGCAAUUCCCACCCACGACGCAACUACCGUCCUCAUCGCUCCACCCGUAUGAGGCCGAGGCCUUGAAGUACCAGCGGGCCCUGGCGCACGAGUGUUCAGGCGUGUCCGGGUCCGACUGCGUAAACCAGUGCCAUCCGAAUCCGGAAAAGCGACCCGAGCCAAACAUCGAUGAUAUCACGACACUACUUUCUGGAUAUGAGUUGGCGACGCUGCGAGUACCUUCCGGCAGUUGCAACGAUGCGUUUCACCGGAUGAAGCCCCAAUCGAUGGUGAAAGCAGCGCCGGGCGGUUGGAAGACGUUAGACUGGUCCCAGGUAAGCGGCGGAAAGGUAAUUUGCACCGACGAGAAUGGUCAAGACAUGACUUGUCAUUAUUUCGGCGAUCCGUUCAAGUACGAUUUGCCUACUGUCUGGGAUGCGGUCAACUACUACCUGAAGCCCUACCAGUGCCUGUUUACAGACAACGGAGACACAGGUAUACGUCUCGAAUACAGGGGGGGGCGCGCAAGGGGGGUUGCAAAGUGGGUUGGAGGUGACUUAUACGGAUUCGACGAUGCUCGCGCUCAUGAAGUGGGGUACUUAGUAACACAUUUGAACAAGGGGCCUAUUGUCUUAUUCAACAAGAUAAUUCAACAAGACAUUCCCGUUACCUAUUGUGACAGCGACGGUCCGACAUGUCGGACAAACGUAUCGGAACAUUGUCAAUGCCAGAUCAUAGAGCUGAGUGCUGAGGCCACCACUCCAUCCGGCACGAACAUUCGCUGGGGGACGGUUAGGGACUACUUCACCAACCAGACUGAUUUGGUUAAGUACUAUACGUUAUUCCAAAGGAAAGAAUACAAAUUGACAAACUGCCACGUGACGUGCUGGAGAGACUCUGUUCCCAAAGAACACCGUGAAGAGACUAUUAGGUAUUUCGCCAGCGACUUCGGGCAAAAGCUUUAG